AUGGAGGGCAACGGCCGUGGUGUUGCACUGCAUAUGACCCGGCGAUGCUUUGCCAUAGACGGCAUCCCCUCCGGACGCUCAUAUCCGCCGGCGCCCACACACAGCAACCAAAACCUGCUUCAGUGGUGGCAUUUCAGCCACGGCGAUCUUGCACCACCCUGCGCGGGUUCAAACACACGCAACCCACCGUCGCGUCCCUCCCCCAGACGGCCAGCGCCGUGCAAGCGUGGGUGGCUAGCGAGCGAUGGAGCGGCCGGCCCGCCGAUCGUCUCGACGGAGCCACCCAAGAGUGCCAAGGUGGCCCCCGCCCGUCCCGCAACCGCCCGCAAAACAGAGUUCGACCUCUGCUGGCGUCCUGGCCGCGUACGGCAGCGAUGUGCGAAUUCCUCUGAGCCGCGGAGUGCGCCGGAUCAUCGGUGGACAAAGACGGCGGCCGCUGAAGGAUCUCGCGGUCUGUCUCGAGAUGGACUCGACGGCCGCCCGCCACGCUCUGCGCCGUCCGACACCAACGAGGUGGCAGGAGGCAUGCGAUGCGGCGCUUGUCUUGGGCGCGCCCGCGCGCUUGCGUUGAUGGACACCCCAGAGCUUUCCAUGUAA